AGUCUUAUUCAAUACUUCUUCAAGAUGAGAUCGCUUUUAAUUUUUUCUUGUCUUUUGAUAACAUUGGCUUCAGUUCAUUCACGCGAGAUUUGCCAGCCAGAAUGCCCUCCAAAUUCAACUUAUGAUCCAUGUGGGCUGAUGCCUUUCUGUUAUCCAAUUUGCCACCAUAUACGUGGCCCACCAUGUCGUGAAGGUUGCAAUCCUGGAUGUUUCUGUAAUCCUGGCUACCUUUCAGCGGAUCCAUUCUCCGCUGUGUGUAUUCUCUCAGAAGAUUGCACUUGGGGACGAGAACGAGGUUAAUAUUUUACAAAAAAUCUUUGUAUGAUUGAAUGUUCAACGAAGCAUAAAUAAAGUAAUUAUUGCAGAAAAUAUUUGAGUCGCAAACCAAUUUCUUGCUGAUGUCAUUCAAUGCCAGAACUUUCAAAUCCACAAGUAGCAAACUCGAAAACACUUUU